AUGUUAGUUUGGCCCCAGCUAGAACUAGACCCGGGAGAGCCUCAAAGCCAUCAGACUACCACAAAUGGGACUACCGCACGGAACAACGCUACUGUUGUGGCGUUCACCAUGAAUCACCAAUCAUCUUUAGGGAGAAUAAGUUUUGUGUUAUUAUUAGUGCUGCUCCAACAUUCACAAUGUUUGCCUAGACUCGAUCCGUUGGUAGACACAAAUGUCGGCCUCAUUCGCGGACUGAGAGCUGAUGAUGGAAACUAUUCCAAGUUCUUGGGAAUACCGUAUGCUCAAGUGAACCCUGACAAUCCAUUUGGAGAAUCAAGAGCACAACCCAAAUUUGAAGAAAUAUUUGAAGCGUACGAUGAAUCAGCGGUGUGCCCCCAAAUGUAUUGGUGGACCGGCGAGAUUGACGGUAACCCCAACUGCCUUCAACUCAACAUUUUUGUACCAGAUACUGCUAACUCUAACAAUAGACUCCCAGUAAUGGUUUGGAUCUACGGAGGUGCUUUCGAAAGGGGGGAAUUUAGUACAAAAUUGUACGGACCCAGGUAUUUGAUUAAACAUGAUGUCAUAAUAGUCACAAUAAAUUACCGAGUUGGUCCUUACGGAUUCAUGUGUCUUGAUACUCCUGAUAUACCUGGUAAUCAAGGUUUAAAGGACCAACAUUUGGGAAUGCAGUGGAUUAAAGAUAACAUAGAGGCGUUUGGCGGUGAUGCAAACCAAAUUACAUUAUUUGGUUUGAGUGCUGGUGGACAUUCUAUAGACCUGCAUCUGUUAUCUCAAAAGGAAGUAGUUUAUAACAAAGUUAUUAUGCAAAGUGGAAGUUCUUUAGCUGCAACAGUUUUGUAUGAACCGGACAGAUCAGCUCACAUAAAACUAGCACAGCAUUUAGGCUUUAAAACUAUGGACACCGAUGAAGCCAUUUCAUUCUUAGCUAAAUCUGAUUCAAAAUUAGUGGUUGCAGCUACUCGUGAUCUUGGUAUCGUUUUCAAACCUUGCAUAGAAAACAAUUUUGAAGGAGUGGACCCGUUUUUAAAUAGCUCUUGGAUACAUGCUGCAACACCAAAAGUUAGGGACAUGCCUGUGCUAACUGGAUACAAUGAACAUGAAUUGGCUGGCACUCAUUUCAACAAGGAUGUGGAAUAUUUUAAAGACUUGACAAUUAUAUCAGAUUAUAUGCAGAGAUUAUUUAAUUUCGAUGAAGAAGAAUUACAAGAGAUGAGUGAUUCUAUAGCGCAUUUUUACUUUGGUGAUGAACCUAUAAGUUCAGAUAUUAAAAUGCCUCUAAUUUAUUUGGAUUCUGAUUUCACUUACAUUCAUCCCAUACAAAGAAGUAUUCAGAAAUACAUAGAAGCAAGGGCAAGGAAUGUUUAUUAUUACGUUUUCUCAUAUCUAGGAGGACGAAAUUCUAUUUUAGCUAAUGAUGGUGAUGAAAAUACUGUUUGCUGUGCCGCUCAUUCUGAUGAUGCACCGUAUAUAUUUGACAUGGUGAAUAAGCCGCCACCAACAGCACACGACGAAGUUGUAAUUGAGCGUAUGACUACAAUGUGGACCAAUUUUGCCAAAUAUGGUGACCCAACACCGCAGACAACUGAACUACUCCCGGUGAAAUGGGAGUCAGUGACAAAAGAAACUUACAAUUAUAUGAACAUUGGCUCUGAACUUUCUAUGGGCAGAAGACCAGCUCAUGACAGGAUGGCAUUCUGGGACCUGUUCUACAAACUGAACGGAAACAAACACAAAAUGUAAACAAGUACAAAAUAUGCACGAUCUUAAACUAUUAUAAGAAUGUAUACAUUUUUUAAUAAAUGCUAAUAUUUCUC